GGUAGAGUGCCUGUUAUCUUUUCUCCUCGGCAUCAAGCGUCCAGCGCCGGUGUGUCAUCAGUUACAGCCCAGAGCUGGCACUGGCUCAAAGUGUGUGGGGUGGGGGGAGAGAUGCUAGGAAAUGCAAUCCAUAUGGUGGCACUAUAAAACCUAGCACAUCCAUAUCCAUAGUCCAAGAUCAUCGCUGCAGGCUUCAAUAAACCAUCAAGUCAAUAACUCUCAAUUCUUCACAGCGGCCACGGUGGUCCACACAACAGAAGACUUCUACAGAGCACAAGGUGACCAGGACCGGGUGAUUAUAAAGGGAGGUCCUGCUGGAUUUGAUAUGAAGAUCCUGUGUCAUGUAAUAUUCCUGCUCAUGCUGGGAGCCAUUUAUUGCCAGAACAACCGAAAUGCCAAACCCAGCGGCAGAGCAGCUAAAAAACCCAGCAGUCCGUCUGCAGAGGUCGGCCCAGACGAUGACUCUGGCAAAGACACGCGUGCGGGGAACCAGCAGACAGCAUCUGCUAACAAGCCGGCCGAUGACAUGAAGCUGCACCUCCUGAAGAACACGCCAGCCACGUGCAAUGACGGCACUGCGGCUGGGUUUUACCUAAAGGAGUUCAAAGGAAGCAAGAGGUGGCUGAUAUUUUUGGAGGGUGGUUGGUGCUGUUACAACAAAGAGACCUGUGAUUCCAGAUAUAAAAAUAUCCCUCGCCUGAUGAGCUCAACUGACUGGCCACAGACACGCAAAGGAACUGGAAUCCUGUCUUCACAAGCUGAUGAGAAUCCACACUGGUAUAAUUCCAACAUUGUGUUUGUCCCCUACUGCUCCAGUGAUGUGUGGAGUGGUAACAAACCAGCAGCAAAGACCAAACAGGCAAAAGAAACAGAGUACUCCUUCAUGGGAUCUGUGAUCAUCCGGGAGCUGAUCAAAGAGCUUGCAACAAAAGGACUGAAACAGGCCAAAGUGGUGAUGCUGGCUGGAACGAGUGCUGGAGGUACAGGUGUGAUGCUGAACAUCGAGAAGGUGGCCAGUCAGCUGGAGCAGUUCGGUGCAGAUGUGCAGGUUCGAGGCUUGGUCGAUUCCGGAUGGUUUCUGGAGAGCAAGCAGCAAAAGACCCAAGAGUGUCCAGACAGUCUCUCUUGCACUCCGGUUGAUGCUAUCAAGAAAGGGUUGCGAAUGUGGAAUGGGGUUAUUCCGGAGAAGUGUAAGCAGCACUACAAGCGAGGCGAGGAGUGGCAAUGCUUUUUCGGACACAAGCUGUACUCCUUCUUGAGCUCUCCACUGUUUGUGGUUCAGUGGCUUUUUGAUGAGGAACAGUUGCGUGUGGAAAACAUCUACGUGGGCGGACAGUCUCUUUCCGAGCAGCAGUGGACCUACAUGCAGAAUCUCGGGAAAGAACUGAAAAACUCCCUCAAAGAUGUCACUGCUGUGUUCGCCCCGUCCUGCCUGUCCCACACACUGAUCACUAAAAGUAACUGGAUGGACUUCCAAGUGAAGGGCACAUCUCUGUCUCGCGCACUCCAGUGCUGGGACAGAAGCCUUCAGGAGGCCAACAAGAACAGCAAGACGGCUCUGAAAGGCUGCCCUUUCCACCUGAUCGACACAUGCCAAUACCCUCAGUGCAACCCGACGUGUCCGGCGCUGAUUGACCAGGCCACGCAGCAGGAGAUGACCCUGCUCCAGGUGCUGGCCAGCAUGGGUGUGGACCUGCAGAAGCUCGGUCUGGACACACGGCGUGACGGCAGCGCUUCCUCCAGCAUGAUUAGCAACGGUGGCUAAGGAGUGAUAGUUGAGUGAUAGUAGAGUUUCCUCAGUGGCGACCCUUAGAGUCACUCUUUUGUGUUCCAAAGAGGUUGAGAUCUUUGAGCCGUGAGUAUGUAUUUGGAUUUCUGUGCCAAAUGUGUGCAAGUAGGAUGGACUUUUGGAAGUAAAGCAUGAGUUAUGAUUAUGUAUCUAGUCACAGUUAAUCCAUAGUUAACCUGCAACUCGUGUAUGUGGAGAUUAGAUUGAAGGGUCGUUUUUUUAAUUUCACUCAAACUGCUUUAUUCAAACAAGAUGUUUUUGUACAGGGAACACCUUACUGCAAGAGGAAAGAGAGCAUGAGGUAACAAUACCAGUCAAUUCUAGAGAUCUUUUCAGACUGGAUUAAUAGUAUACACUCCUGGGAACAAAGCUUAUCAGUACUCCAUACUGUACCCAAGGUGCAUGACAUGUUGGGGUUGGUAGCCUGAUAGUCAAACAGAAACGACAUACCUAAAGGUUAUCUAUUUAUUAUCUUUUGGCUUAGUUGAGAAGAGUGUGAUAUCCUUUCAGUUAUGAAUAUAUACUGGUAUUAAAUGCCAUACAGUAAGAUAAUUUAUAUAUUCAUUUCACAUUUUCAGUAUGAACUGAAUAUAAAGUAAAAUAUAUUGCAUUAUCAUGAAUGUAAAUCAAGUGCCUUUGAUAUUUAUCGGCUGCUGAACACUAAUAAAUGUGUAACAUAA